UUUUCAGCCAUGGAAGUGAAAAAUAAAAUCGCUCUGGUCACCGGAGGCGCAAAUGGAAUAGGUUUCGCAUACGUCAGAGAACUCUUGAAAAACGGAGCUGCGCACGUGGCUCUUCUAGAUCUGGCAAACUCGAACGGCGAUGAAUCCGCGAGAAAAUUGAACGACGAAUUCGGAGCGGAUCGAGCGCUUUUCAUCGUCUGUGACGUGACGAAGUCGGCGGACUUCGAAGCCGCGUUCGCCAAGACUGUCAAAGAGUUCGGUGGUCUCGACAUCGUCAUCAACAACGCUGGAAUCAUGGACGACGCGAGAUGGGAGCUAGAAAUCGCUAUAAACUUCACUGCCGUCGUGCGCGGAACUAUGCUUGGCUUCCAGUACAUGGGUAAGGACAAAGGACACAAAGGUGGCGUCAUCGUCAACAUAUCAUCAGUCGCAGGACUAGUUGCAGCUCCAACUUUUCCUGUUUACAUCGCUACGAAGCACGCGGUCGUCGGCCUGACUCGAUCAUUCGGGCUGCCUUAUCACUUUGACAGAACAGGCGUUCGAGUAGUCUCGAUGUGCCCCUUCUUCACCAACACGCAACUGAUCACGGCAUGCGUCGGACGAACUCUUGACACUGUGGAGCAGAAUUUCAUCGACAAAUCGUUUUCCACUUUCCCUCUGCAGACGCCGGAGAGCGUCGCUGAAGGUGUUCUGCACAUCAUACGCGUUGGAAAUAAUGGCAGCACCUGGGUUGUCGAGAAUGGGGAACCGGCCUAUGAAGUCGAGCUAGCCGAUGAGCCAGUGAAAAAGGUUUCUGCCUAAGUUCAGCGACAAAUCGUAUGAUCAGGUAG